GUCGCGGCGGUUGCGGCGGGGCCGGUCCCAGUCCCCGUCCCAGUCCCAGCUGAGGGGCGCGGGUGCAGCAGCGGCCAGCUCAGCUCAGCUCAGCUCAGCCCGUCCCGUCCCGUCCCGUCGCCGCGUCCCGUCCCGUCCCGCCGCCAUGGCGGCGGCGGCGGCGGCCAGCGGCUUCCCCCGCUCCCCGCGGGGCGCCGUGAAGAUCGCCCGCGCGCUGGUGGCGUUUGUAACGUUCCUCUGCUUCGUGUGCUCCCGCUCCCACGGGGCGUACACGGCGCUGGCCGUCAUGGAGGUGGUCAUCACGGCGCUGUUUUUUGUCCUGUACUUGCUGCAGCUCGAUAAGAAGCUGAGCUGGCUGUUCUGGCCGCUGGCUGAUUUUUUCAACUCGGUGAUUGCAGCGUUGUUCCUCCUCGUUGUGUGCCUGUUUGCAAUAAUAAUCAAGACCAACAAUGGGACACUGGCUGGAGGAGUGUUGGGUCUUGUGUUGCUUGUUCUCUGUGUUGUCGACGCAGUUCUUCUUUUCCAGAAGAUUAGCCUUGAUGGACCAAGAGGAAGGAAUACUCCUGCGAAAUAAGAUUACCAUUUUAGUAAAAGAACAGUUUCUCCAUUGAUGACUGUUUUACUGUUCUCUUUUAAAUAAUUUGUAUUUUCACAUGUUCACCUUUGAAUUUCCUGUGCAUUCAUGUACAUUUUUGCAAGUAUUGUUCAUAAGUUUUCUUACAUUUACAAAUGUAGUUUCAGUGUUGCGAUAUCACCAGGAUAAGCUUCACAGAAAACUGUCCUGUUUUUCUAAACUUGUAUUUUCACUUGUAUGAAAAUUAAUUUCAUAAUUGCCUUUUCUCUGUAAUAAAAAGAAAAAAUAA